AUGAAAAAAUUAAACGAAGAAGAUGCUCUGCUAAAUCGACUCCUCUACAAAGAAAGUCCUGCAUUACGAAAUUUUGCCAUAAAAUGUUUAGAGCUCGGCCACAUAGUUGAUUUCAAAAAUAUUCAUCCAAGCCAAAGUGAAAAACUCUUAAACGACUUAAAAGAAGGCAUCAAAGAGCUCGAAUAUAUCGCAGAAAAAAGAGAAUUGUCCCACUAUUCCUAUGAUGCUGACUGAAACUAUCUAAUCUCACAAACAGAUGCUUUACAAAGCAAAAUAGACAGCUACAAACAAGAAAUCCAAGCCUUAAAAGAAGAAUACUCCCACGAAAAAUCCUUAAGAUCCAAUUUAAUUGAAUAUGAAGAAGAAGCCCGAGCUAUCAACAAACUGCCUACCUGUGAAGAAAUUGACAGCGCAAUUGAGAAAAUCAAGCACGAAAUCGAAAGCACAGACAAAAAAAUCCUUCACUACGUAGACGUCAUGUCUCAGAUUUCCUCACAGUCAAAGUCUCUUUUUCCCACCUUGGAAACGUUGCAAGCUUUAAAUAACCAAAUUAAUUCAUAA